ACUAUUAGUAACAUAGCGGGAUAUAAGUAGCUAUCCGAAUUUGUUAAGGCCUUAGAAUCAAAUAUACGCAAACAACCGCCUUGUGAUGAUGUCCAACGAUGCACCACCAUCAGCAGUUGCGGGCGCGUCGGCAUCCGCACAAGCAGCCGCUUUUGCCAAUGAUGACCGCAUCCACUUUUCGAGAGAGACGGGAACAUGGAGGCUAGAGAAUGACGACGGUAGUGAACUGGAGUAUGAUUCUUCCAAGGGUACAUGGGUUCCGGUGCUAGAUGAGGAACUGAUCAAAAAGCAACAAGCUGCAUAUUCAGUCGCUGGCGUGGAUGAAGAGGCACCAGCUGCACCUGUGCUCAAACGUACAAAUAAAAAGCGGAAGGAACCUGAAGACUACACGUCUUUUAAGCCUCCAACAGAGCCUUCUGCGAAGCGUGGCAAGAACGACAAGCCAGCCAAGUCCAAAAACACGGCAGUCUACGUAACUGGUCUCCCUCCAGACACUGAGGUGGACGAAAUCGUCGAGCGCUUUGCUAGGUUUGGAGUUAUUGAGGAAGAUGACGAAGGCGAACAAAAGGUGAAACUGUACGCACGAGAGGAUGGAUCAUUUAGUGGAGAAGCGUUGGUGGUUUACUUCAAAGAAGAAUCAGUGACUUUGGCAGUCAGCCUCUUGGAUGAUGCAGAACUCCGUAUAGGGGACACAUCAACGGUGAUGAGGGUGCAGAAGGCGGAAUUUCGUCACAAGCAUUCAGGCGGGGCAGGAGAGGUAGCCAAACCACGGAAGACGGUAGACAAGAAGAAGAUUACCAGAAGGAUCGGUAAGAUGCAGAAAAAAAUUGAAGAAUGGGAUGACGAAGAUGGCUUUGGCCCCUCUAGGACUGAGGAAGACGAAAAGAACAUAGUUAACAGGAACUGCCGUGUGGUGGUGCUCAAACACAUGUUCACCCUCCAGGAACUCGAUGAAGACGUGUCUCUGCUACUCGAUUUGAAGGAGGACGUGCGUGACGAAUGCUCAUCAUUAGGAGAAGUCACAAACGUGGUUCUGUAUGAUAAAGAGGCUGAGGGAGUGAUGACAGUCAAGUUCAGAGACUCACUGAGUGCUCAGGCCUGUGUCAUUAAAAUGAACAACAGGUUCUUUUCUGGAAGACGCGUUGAGGCGUUUUUGUAUUCAGGCAAACAGCGCUUCAAACGCAGUGGAGCGGGCGACGAACUAGAUGGAGAUAACGAUGAAUCAGAAAAGCAGCGGCUGGAUGACUUCGCGUCGUGGCUCAUGACUGAGGGAGACUGAAUGGAUGUAAUAUACUUGUUCUUGCAUUGAGCUUGCCAGGUGAAUGUUCGACUUAAUGUAUAUGAUGCGUUCCAAGUACUUUGGACAUUUAUACCAGAUAGCAAAUUACGAUAACAACCUGACACAUAACACGACAAAGUAGUCCCCUCUAUAUGAAAGAAAUGUGUAUAUAUUUCACCAGCAGCUGAGAAGAGGUUUUGCGGCGACUAUCUCAAAUCGCUGGGGUAGUAUAUUUGCGAAUUAGAUCUUUGUCAUUAACAGGGCGAGGCUCAUACCUCGACAAUAACAGUUCGCUUCUGCUGUUCAAGUUCGUCGACGUUCAUCCAGUCUAGGCUCUGGUCAGGCUGGUGGUAUAUCCGCCCAGCAUGGCUAUUCCACCUAUUGUGCUGAGGUGUGAAUGGGGACUCGACAUGAGACAU